AUGCUCUGCGUGGUGUUUGGAUUGAGUCUCCUUGACCGAACCAACAUCAGCGCUGCCUAUAUUGCUGGCAUGUCUACCGAUCUGGAACUCACGGUGGGAGCCCGGUAUUCUAUUUCGCUUCUAGUCUUCUUCAUUGGUUAUGCACUGUUUGAGAUCCCUAGCAACCUGGUCAUCAGAAGGCUGGGAGCACGAUGGUGGCUGAGCUUCCUAAUUAUAUCGUGGGGUUGCUGCGUUCUAGGCAUGGGAUUUGUCCACAACUGGGUAGGCCUCACGGUUUGCAGAGUGUUGUUGGGAAUUUUCGAAGCCGGCCUCUUUCCUGGUGCUAUCUUCAUUAUUGGUUCCUGGUACAGACAGUUCGAGACGGCUCGCCGCGUGUCACUUUUUUACAUGGCCUCCUUGCUGGCAUCCGGGUUUGGACCCAUUUUCGCCUACGUCUUGUCGCUAAUCCGUGUCGGAAAUGGCGUCUACGCUCAGGGAUGGAGGUGGAUCUUCAUCAUUGAGGGGAUCGUGACAGUGGUGGCAGGAAUGGUGUCGCCAUGGUUUCUGGUCGAAUUCCCCGAGAAGGCUAAAUGGCUGAACGACCGCCAAAAGCAUAUCGCGAGUGCACGACUUGUGGUCGACAAGAAAGCGCGAGAAUACGUGCACCCAACACUCAAGGAGAGCAUGAAGAUGUUGCUCGACUGGAAAUUGAUCAUCUAUAGCCUUCAGUACUUUGUGUCGGCAUCCUCUGUGUACUCGCUGGCGUAUUUCAAGCCCAUCAUUCUACGACAGGGGCUGGGUUUCUCGUACGCGCUCUCGCAAAUCCUUGCGUCUCCGCCAUACGUCUUUGCGAUCAUCAUGUCCCUCUUGAUGGCGUGGGUGAGUGACAAGUACCGUAUUCGUUGGCCUAUUCUCUGCGCUCAAUCGAUCACCGGCAUUGUUGGUCUUCUCAUCAUUUUAUACACCAAACCUCCUGGGGUCCGAUACUUCGGCCUAUACCUUGCCAUUUUCGGCACGCAGGCAAAUGUUCCUGGCACAUUGGCUUACGGACAGAGCCAGACUGCCGAUGUGAGAAAGAAAGGUGUUGUUGCUGCAGCGAUGAUCAGUGUAGGUGCAGCGGGUGGAAUUACGGGCAGUACCAUCUUCAGGAGUCAAGAUGCCCCGCAAUAUCUUCCCGGGAUGUGGGCAACGAUUGGCAUGCAAAUGUUAUACUCGAUAACAACAUGUUCAUUCAGCAUGUACUUGAAACGACAGAAUCGUUUGGCGGACGAGGGUAAGCGACCUGCACUGGAGGGUGUUGAGGGAUUUAGGUACGCACCAUGA